GCUUUUGCGCGCGAACUCUAAGUGCCUGGGUCCGGGGUCGGCGCGCGGCUAGUGGCUGUGCGGGUGCCCGGGGGCCGCGACGACGCCAGCGGACCCGCACACCUUUAUCACCCCGCCAUGGAGACCUCAGCGCAGCAGGAGCAGCAGCAGCCCGCGGCGGCCAAGAUCAGAAACCUGCCCUGGGUUGAAAAAUACCGGCCACAGACACUGAAUGAUCUGAUUUCUCAUCAGGACAUUUUGAGUACCAUUCAGAAAUUUAUUAGUGAAGACCGCCUGCCCCACCUGCUUCUCUAUGGUCCCCCGGGGACGGGAAAGACCUCCACCAUCCUAGCCUGUGCGAAACAGCUAUACAAAGAUAAGGAAUUUGGCUCCAUGGUCUUGGAGCUGAAUGCUUCAGACGACCGAGGAAUAGAUAUCGUUCGGGGACCAAUCCUGAGCUUUGCUAGCACAAGGACAAUAUUUAAGAAAGGCUUCAAGCUGGUGAUCCUGGAUGAAGCUGACGCCAUGACCCAAGACGCCCAGAACGCUUUGCGGAGAGUGAUUGAGAAAUUCACUGAAAAUACCAGAUUCUGCCUCAUCUGUAACUACCUGUCAAAGAUCAUUCCCGCCCUGCAGUCCCGGUGUACAAGGUUCCGAUUCGGCCCCCUGACUCCCGAACUCAUGGUCCCCCGCCUGGAACGCGUCACAGAAGAAGAGAAAGUGGACCUAAGUGAGGACGGGAUGAAAGCCCUCGUGACCCUUUCCAGCGGAGACAUGCGAAGGGCUCUGAACAUUCUGCAGAGCACCAAUAUGGCCUUCGGGAAGGUGACGGAGGAGACGGUCUACACCUGCACCGGGCACCCCCUCAAGUCCGACAUUGCCAACAUUCUGGACUGGAUGUUGAAUCAAGACUUCACCACAGCCUACAGAAAUAUUAUGGAGUUGAAAACCCUGAAGGGGUUGGCGCUACAGGACAUGCUGACAGAGAUACACUUGUUCGUGCACAGGGUUGACUUUCCAUCUUCAGUUCGAGUGCAUUUAUUGACCAAAAUGGCAGACAUAGAGUACAGACUCUCUGUUGGCACCAACGAGAAGAUUCAGCUGAGUUCCCUCAUUGCUGCUUUCCAGGUCACCAGGGACCUGAUUGUCACAGAGGCCUAAAUGCUGAGCCUGUUUGCUGCGAUUCGCAGGCCCCACGGUGACUGGACAACAGGGGACUGAGUUACAGCUGGGGACUGAAGCCCUGAUCACCCCAGGCUUUGGAAAACCCUGUUCCAGGCCUGGGUGGGCAAACGUUUAAAAAGUACCGCGUUUGUGGCUGUUUGGAGCAGGUACAAAACAGUUUUAAUGCCCAGCUCUCUUUCUGCUGCCCACUUGUGUCUUAGGGCGGAAAAGAAAGCGCAAGAAGAUUUUUUUUUCUUUUAGCCUUAAGGCUUUUAUCGUUCAGUUGCUUGGAUGGCAGGAAAUUGGCCUGCCCCACUUUGGUCUAGAACCAAAUCUUCCCAAUCUCCCAUGGUGCCAGUGUUUUCUAACUCAAGGUAACAGAACAGCUCCACAACUAAGUGCAUAAACCUAAUUUGCGGCAUGGUCUCUGGAUCUGCUUUAAAUAGGUGUCAAUGAAAAAAAAAAUAGGUGUGCGUCGACUUCUGGCCCAAACUAUUGUACUCCUAUAAAUGGGCUCAGUUAAUUGUCUUACUUUAAAAACAUCUUUUUAUUUCUCCCCUACUAGCAGGUUCCUAAUUGUGGUGAGACAGCAAAGCGUCAUUUUACGCCCGCGGGGGGGGGGGCAAGGCCGCGUAGUACUCCCUUGUUAACGCAGGCCGGGCAGACGAGCACGGGCCAGGCUCGGCACCGGCACAUGCGGGAAAGACAGGGCCCUGUAGACAGAGUAGCAGUUUCUUUCACAGCGAACAGGCUGCCUUUAUGAGUGUUCUUCUCCGUAAAAAUAAAGCAGCUUGCACGUUGGCUGUUAUGAGCUACUCUUUCCUUCACCUGUUAGAAAGAUGCUGACUUACCUUGCAUUUAUAUGAAAAAGCCUUCCCCCUCUCUGAUUAUCACAGAACAAGCUUACUUCGGAGGCUGCUCUAUAAAGUUGUCAGCUUCUCAGACUAUCAAAAGGGAGAGGUUGGUUAUUUGCCUCAUCCCCAUACACCUCGCUCCCCGAGAACCCCGAGCAAAGAGCAAAGUUUGAAGCUAAUGGCCAGGCGGGGGCCUUGGGGAAGCCACCCAGAACCUCUCAGGCUGGGCUGGGAUGCCUCAAGAUGACCACAAAGUAUAAAAUUGGCCCAAGCCGUUCCCCGCUGUCCUGCUCUACUCACUUGUUUUAAAAGGUGGUAUUUUUUUUUUCUUAGUGGAAAAAAUGAAACUGAGCCGAAAGCUUUUUAACUUUUCCUUCAAUGAAAGCCUCUCAUCUUGAAAAGAAAUGUUUUUCUUCAGCAACAAAGGUGGUAGAGGAGACUCUUGUACUUUUGCAACAAGUUUUAUCACGUUAACACUGGCCUCCACAAAGCACCUAGUAAGAAAGCCAAAGGAUAAGAUGUUGCAUUUCUUUUAAAAUAAUUUAAAAUAUAUUAAAUUUUCCAAAGGCAGAUUUCAUUGGAAUGAGGUGUCUUGAUCAGAGAACUACACGCCACUGAAGGAGAACAGUACUUUCAAGGAGCUAGUUUUGGUAAGGGGUAGAGGUGAACUGGGCUGGUUCGUCCGAUGAGGCAAAGCAGCGAAGUCAGACCUUGUAUAUGACAAUCAGCCAAAGCGGAGACAACACCAAUUCCCUAAACAACGAAGAAGAGACAUCUUCACAACUGUUCGACUUAAGAACUAUAGUUUUUAGAUACCAGGGAGGAAAACACAGUUGUACCUUAACAUCUGUUGAGAAAAUACAAAUAAAUAGGCUGCAAACAGCAAACCACUGACAAGUCAGCCGCCGUUUGGACAGUCAUGCAGUUGAGGAAUACAUCCCCGUGUACCCAGACACACACAUUUGUCAUCUCCGGCACAUGCACACCGAUUAAAAAAAAAAAAAAAAA